AGAACCUGUAAGACAGCAACACCGACACCCCUUGACAUGGGAACACACUGAUAUAACGGGCAAACGACGAAACACUGGACUUCAUCUCCCGGUUCCAGGUGGCCUUAUUUGGGCGACUCGAUCCUGACCUUAUUUCUGUCAUGGAGGAUUCAGGCAUUCAGAGAGGCAUCUGGGAUGGAGAUGCCAAGGCUGUCCAACAAUGUCUGACAGAUAUUUUUACCAGUGUAUACACAACCUGCGACAUCCCAGAGAACGCCAUAUUUGGUCCCUGUGUUCUGAGCCAUACUUCCCUGUACGACAGCAUAGCUUUUAUAGCCCUCAAGUCCACGGACAAGAGAACAGUACCUUACAUCUUCCGGGUAGACACUUCAGCGGCAAAUGCUUCUUCCGAGGGUCUCAUGUGGCUGCGGCUGGUCCAAUCAGCCCGAGAUAAGGAAGAGCAGAACCUCGAAGCCUAUAUAAAAAACGGACAGCUGUUUUACCGCUCUCUCCGCAGGAUUGCCAAAGACGAGGAAUUACUAGUUUGGUACGGAAAAGAACUGACCGAGUUACUCUUGCUCCGUCCCUCUAGAUCCCACAACAAAAUGAAUGGGUCGUCCCCUUACUCAUGCCUGGAAUGCAGCCAGCGUUUCCAGUUUGAGUUCCCGUACGUGGCGCAUCUGCGUUUCCGCUGCCCCAAGAGACUUCACAGCAUUGAUGUGAGUCCCCAAGAUGAGCAAGGCGGCGGCGUGGGCAACAAGGACCACGGGGGUGGCGCCGGUGGCAAAGAGCAGCAGCCGCCGCAGCAACAACAGCCACAACAGGAAGCGCCUUUGGUACCGGGCCCCAAGUUCUGCAAAGCCGGCCCCAUACACCACUACCCGGCCCCGUCUCCCGAGGGCGGCAAUUCAGCCGCCGCCGCAGGUGGUGGCAACGCCAAGCCAUCCACGGACUUUCACAACCUGGCCCGGGAACUGGAAAACUCCCGGGGAGGCAGUAGUUGUUCGGCGUCUGCCCAGAGUCUCAGCGGCAGCAGCAGCAACUUAGGCCACCAGGAGGCGGAGCUGAGUCCCGACGGCAUAGCCACAGGCGGCUGCAAAGGGAAGAGGAAAUUCCCCGAGGAUGCUGCGGAGGGCGGCGGCGCCGGGCUGGUGGGCGGCCGCGCGCACUUCCCCGAGCGGCCGCUGCCGGCCUCCAAGGAGGACCUGGUGUGCACGCCGCAGCAGUACCGCGCCGCCGGCAGCUACUUCGGCCUGGACGAGAACGGCCGCCUCUUCGCGCCGCCCAGCCCGGAGACAGGCGAGGCGAAGCGCAGCGCCUUCGUGGAGGUGAAGAAGGCCGGCCGCGCGGCUGGCCUGCAGGAGGAGGCGGCGGCGGACAGCGCGGGCGGAGCCCCGGAGGACCCGGACGCAGGAGGCGGUGGCUCGUCCACGCCCGCGGCGGCGUCGCCCGGGGGCGCCGAGAAGCUGCUGGGCCCGCGUCCCGGAGCCCCGCUGGCCGGUCGACUGGAGGGCGGUAGCCCCGCGCGGGGCAGCGCCUUCACCUCGGUGUCGCAGCUCGGUGUCGCGGGCGGCGGGGGUGCGGCGGGGGGGGGGGGGGGGGGGGCCGGGGGUCGCAAGAGCGCUUUCUCACAGCCCGCGCGCUCCUUCUCCCAGCUGUCGCCCCUGGUACUGGGCCAGAAGCUGGGCACGCUCGAGCCGUGCCACCCUGGCGACGGCGUGGGCACCACCAGACUCUACCCCGCCGCGGCGGACCCGCUGGCCGUGAAGCUGCAGGGCGCGGCGGACCUGAACGGGGCCUGUGGGCCGCUGCCGAGCGGCGGGGGCGGCCUGCCCAAGCAGAGCCCCUUCCUCUAUGCCACGGCCUUCUGGCCCAAGAGCUCGGCUGCGGCGGCGGCAGCGGCGGCGGCGGCGGCCGCGGGGCCCCUGCAACUGCAGCUGCCCUCGGCGCUCACGCUGCUGCCGCCCUCCUUCACCUCGCUGUGUCUGCCGGCGCAGAACUGGUGCGCCAAGUGCAACGCCUCCUUCCGUAUGACCUCCGAUCUGGUGUACCACAUGAGGUCGCAUCACAAAAAGGAGUAUGCGAUGGAGCCCCUGGUGAAGCGGCGGCGGGAGGAGAAACUCAAGUGCCCCAUAUGCAACGAGUCUUUCAGGGAGCGUCACCACCUCUCCAGGCACAUGACCUCGCAUAACUGAUGCAGACGGGACCCUGGCUUUGCAAGCGCGUGCAUGCACAGUCGAGCCACCUGCAAGAGCAAACACGCGAGGACAUCCACCACGUCUUUAGGCCCUACACUCCAACCGAGCACAUAGGCACAUACACUCGUCCCUUCCCCCACCAGGAGCCUUCUCAUUAAAAAUGUUUAACCCGGCGCGCACGUGCCAACACACACACACACACACACACACACACACACACACACAGAGGACAGGAUGGUGGAUCUUGGAUGGGGUGGGUUGUUUGAGGGGGGUUUCUUUUGAAUGCACGCAUUUUCACUUUCCCAAAAACAAAAGUACAUUUUAAAAAAUGUCAUAUAUUGCAACAUAUUGAUGCAUUUGUCAUACGUUUCUACUUAAAUUAUUAAGCACUUAACUGUUUAGAUGUAAUAAUUAUAUGUAAGGACAAAAUUUAUUUUAGAUAUAAAGUAAUGGAAGGAGGUGAGAUGCUUUCUGCAUUUCCUGAUGACAGCUGUGUUCUUACAAAAAUAAACAAAACGAAUAAAAAGGGGGUGACCAUUCAAUUUCAGGUUCCAGGGGAAAGUGCAUGUAUCAUGAAAUAAUUAUGGACUUCAAUGAAGAAGGUCAUCAAUUAUGUAAAUAUGUAUUUCCUUUUAAUACAAAGUGUAAUUUUGUGCCAGUGAAAUGGAGUCUGAAUAGUUAUGUGUUUCUUUUAUCCCUGGAAAGAUUUAUUAAACUUUAUAGUUUAUCCGGGUAUGUUGGAUGCUUUGACAAUAAAUGACUAUUUUC